AUGCAAGCCCGACUUCCGACCAGCGUCCAAAAGUGCGUUAAGUGCCGCCAACACCGGAUCAUUGUGCCGUACAAGAACCAUCGCAAUGUGUGUCCGUACAUCGACUGUAAAUGCUCUAAGGUAAUCGGCUGAAAAAUUCAUUUUUUUCGGCAAAAACUAGGCCUUCUUUCCAGAAUUGCCAACGAGGAUAACAAAUUGUCGUAGUUGGUCGAUAAAAUUACCGAAGCUAUUUUUAGUGCAUGAUGGUCGACAAUUACCGCAUGCGAUAUCAUCGGAAUAAGCGACGGACUUCAGCUGAGUGCUCUGAAUCCAGCUCCAUCCAAGGCUCACCAUUGAACGAACCCUCCUCAGUGCAAAAUCCACCGGUUUCUAUUAACAUCUGCAACCAAAGCCCCACAACUGAACCUAUCGAUGUCUCAGGAUUCCACAUUCUAAAAAUCGACCCAAUUCCGUUGAGAAACUUCAACAUUGAUCCUGAUUCUGUGCAGCAUUCACCGUUACAAGAAGCUUUGCUACAGGCGCUGCUUGCUCAAAAUUUGGCUCAUUCGAAGACUUCGUUUUCGACCCCAACCGCGCCCUUUCUCGAAACGCCGAACACGGUUCCAACCGCUGAAAUAAAUAAUACAACUCUAGCUUUCGUUUAUGUAAAUAACGGAAUGCAAGGCCUUUUUAGUCACCCAUCUUAA